GCCGAUUGGAAAUCAUCUUGGUGAGACGUAUCAUGGCUCAAAAUCAGGCAUUGAAUCCGAGGCCGCUAAAGCGGCCAAUAACGGUAACAACCAUGAGAGCUACCUGCAUGUUUUCUAUAUUCAACUGUCAUGGCCCAGAUAACAAACUGAAGCGCCUUACAUCGCCGAAUCGCGGGGCACGUGUCACAACCAUAACUCGAAAAUUUGCAUGUGGGAAAUGCAACCAUGAAACUCAUGAUUCUCAUGUUGUGUCGGCGCCGAAUUUUGGACCAUCAUAUCAUAUUACUUGUGAAUUGACAGCCUGCAUCAUUUCCAGUGAGGAAACUCGACCUCUAUUCGAAGCAAGUAAGUCAACAUAAAAGUAUGUGCAAUAUGACAGGUUCGAUGGUGUCUAGAUGCAUGGUAGUACUGGCCUUGGUCGCCAUGUCGUUUCGAAUGGCCGUCGUAGCUUUCCCCGUUCGAACGUGUGCCACGGUAGCUCCGGUGCAGAGCACCCUCGAUGUCGCUACUUCGGCAUUGACCGUGGAUCACCACCCAUUUGGUAUCGCAUACUAUACGAACGAUAUUGCUUUUGUGAUUAUCCGGCGGAGUGUCGCAGUGCUGAACGUGUCGGAAUUUACACCCGUCCUUAAGCACCAGAUCAUCCCCUCUCCAGACGUUCUAGCGCACUUGGGCUUAAGCGACAGCGACCCCGAUGAAGACACCUAUAUUUUCCAUGGUCUAGUCUUGUCGCCGGAUCGAAAGAAUGUAUAUGCAGCCGGCGGUCAUGGGGCACUGAUACUGGACACGGAACGAGCAGUCGCCGGCCGGAAUGAUUCUGUUGUCGGUGUUCUAGCGAAUAACGGCGUUGCUGGAAACUAUUCGGCCAUGGCAGCCAUAACGCCCGAUAGUCGCUACGUGUUUUUGACGCAGGAAUUCGGUAGCCCUGUCAAUGGCAAGCGAGGUGAUUUAGAGGUAUGGGAGGUAAAUACAGACACGAAUGCGGUAGUGACUGGGGUUUAUAAAGGAUACAUCACUCUUGGGUAUGCCACAGUUGACAUGGCAUUCUCAAGCGACAACACGAAGCUAUACGUUACCAGUGAAGCGACUGGUAUCGAUGACGUUGACGGGCUCCGAGGUAGCAUCUCCGUUCUUGACGUCGAAACGCUUAAGACGAAUCCAUCAGGUGCUUUGCUCUGGACUGUCGACGCAGGAUGUCAUCCGGUGCGCAUCAAACUCGGAAGCGACGGCAAGCGUGUCUGGAUCAAUACUCGUGAAGCAAACACACUUCUUGUGUUUGACGCAGAUAAGCUUAACUCGAACGAAACUGCAGGGGAGGCGCUCAUUACUGAUGUUGUGGUCGGCACAUCACCUGUUUCGUUGGCCAUCGUGGGUGACUAUGUUCUCACAGCUGACUCCAACCGGUGGGGAUACAGCAAUACUUCGACUGGUUUGACGGUAGUAGAUACGUUGUCAGUACAAAAAGGCAUUGUGGCAAAUUUUCCGCAGAUUCGGACUGGACAAUUUCCAAGAGAAUUCGGCCUCAGCCCAGAUGGCAAUACUUUGUUGGUUUCAGAGUUUGACGGAUAUGCAGUUCGUGCGGUCAAUGUGAGCUCUCUUAAGGAAACAAGCAAGUUAAGACGAGGUAUUGUACGUCACGAACUCUAAUUUAUACUGGCGCAUUUUAUGAUCGAAGUCAGCUUUCUACCAUUUGGUCGCACUGGUAUUGCUACAAGAAGGACCCCAAAACACUCAAAUUGCCAGAGGGUAUUCAGAGGUUCAACAAAUUCAAUGGAUGGGUAUGCGACCUUAGUCGUGCGCUCCAACCACAAUUAGUAUAUGCAAGAAUACCACCAGGGUAGCGUAAUGGCUUCAUUAUACUGUUUCGGC